ACGUGUGAUUCGUAGGUGUCCUCCCAGAUUUCACAGCUCGACGCGUGUCCCAUGCCAACUCAACUCGUAACUGUCAACCGGCCGCCGUUCCUGUCUUCCCCUUCUUAUAUCUUCUCUCUUCUCAGACGCUUCACCGCAUAAUAUAAUUUUCUCGGUUUCUUUUUUCUUCUUCUUUGGUCGCGAGUUUAUGGAGGAGAAAAAGGAGGCGGCGGCGGAUAGGAUUAAGGGUCCCUGGAGUCCAGAAGAGGAUGAGAUGUUGGAGAGGUUGGUGGAGAAGUACGGGCCGAGGAACUGGUCGCUCAUCGGGAAUUCUAUUCCGGGACGGUCUGGGAAGUCGUGCCGGCUCCGGUGGUGUAAUCAGCUUUCGCCGGAAGUGGAGCACCGGCCGUUUACGGCGGAGGAGGAUGAGACGAUCAUCCGGGCGCAUGCGAAGUUCGGGAAUAAGUGGGCCACCAUAGCCCGGUUGCUUAGUGGCCGGACGGAUAACGCCAUUAAGAAUCACUGGAAUUCUACUCUGAAACGCAAGUGCGGUUCCGUGUCGUCGGAAAACUUGAGCUUUGAGCCGCCGCCGCCGCGUGGGCUGCCGCUCAAGAGAUCUUCUAGCGACGGCCUCGGGGUGAACAUGUCCGGUCUUCAUCUCAGCCCUUCCGACUCCGAUUUUAGCGAUAUCUAUAACCCCAUCGCCAGAACCGGCGGCGGGAAACUCCCGCUCCCGCUCCCUCCUCAUUUUCCGACGAUGGAAACGCCGCCGUCGUUGUCGUCCGACCCGGUUACCUCUCUGAGUCUCUCUUUGCCCGGAUCCAACGAAGCUCCACCGUUGAUAAACCGACGCAAUCAUCUCCUCCCUAUUCCCCAGCUUCCCCAGGUGUCUCCGCCUGCAAAAGUUUAUUUACCCCCACAGCCGCCUCAGAGCUUCCAGUUCGCCGCUCCACCGCCGCCGCAAACGGCGGAGAAGCCUUUCUUCAGCCCGGAGUUCUUAGCAGAGCUGCAGGAGAUGAUAAGGAAAGAAGUGAGGAACUACAUGUCCGGGGUUGAACACAACGGCCUCUGUACGCAGGCUGAUGAAGCAAUUCAAAAUGCGGCGGCGCAGCGUAUCGGCAUUUGGCACCGGCAAGAUUGAACACUGGGGUUCUAAAAUUGACAGUCUCGGAUCAGUUUCACCUUCGUCUGUAGAAUUUCGCCGGAUAAUUUUGCAGAAAUAUACAGACUAGAGAGAGAAGAGAAAAGAAAAUCAGUCCAACCAAAAAAAAAAAAAAAAAUUUACUAAUUUCUAUAAUGAAUUCUAGGCCGUGAAAAUCAUGUUUUUAGGGAGGUUCUACAAGUAGCAGUUCAGUUAUGACAGUUAAAUGAGAAGGGUCUGUAACGUAGAAUUCAUAAUGGGUAAUGUUUUUUUUUUUUACUCUAUUUUACUAUAACAAACACUUUAUGGUUGA